CUGAAGUCACCCUAAAAUAUAAAGCAUAAGCUAACUGGCAUCUUUCCUAUCCAAAACAUAAUAAAAUAAAAUAAAAAGUCCAUUAAAUAAAAAGAAAAGAAAAAAAUAGUUAAAAGAAACUGAACAAUUUCCCAAGGCAUUCCAAUCAGAAUGAAACUCGAUCACAGCCACAGACUAGGCUGAAAAAUCACUGAAAACCUGUAACACCUAAAACUAUAUAGAAAUCGCCAUGUCUCCUGUGUUUUCUGGCUUUGUGGCCUGCCCUUAAAUGGCUGAUGAAAUGAGCUCCCAAAAAAUCAAAACGCAUGCGGGUUUUGAGGGGCCCAACACCUAGGGCCCGCAAUAUUACGUAUUUUAGUUCACCAAGUGGGCCCCAACCCAAACUCCCAAAUUUUUUAUUGUUAUUAUAAUAAUAAUUAUUUUUUUUUUUUGUUCAUCUCGUCAUCCCCUACGGUUGCUCCGUUUGCUCUCUACCGGAAGAUGGUGAUACCAUGCAAUUGGGUCACCGACACGUGGGUAUUGGACUUUGAUGCAUGGCUGUAAGGGGUGGUGGGUUUUAGAUGUGGGGCCAGAAGGGCCUAGUAGUGUGUGGUCCACAAGGCCCAAGAAGACCCCUCCUCCUCGAUUUGCCCCGAAGGAACAGGGAAAAGAUGGGCUUGUUUUUGGGUUAUGAAAAAGGGACCAUGAUCUUCACCUCCUUCGCGGAAGGGGAAAUGCGGUUGCAUGCGCUGUACAGAUUCCGAGCUCUCUGAUCAGAGAACCCUUAGCUCCUUUGCUGAAUUACAAAGAUUUUCAAAGAGUAGGGUUUCAAUUUUAGGUUCCUGUGGUUUGAAUUGGGGGAUUCGGAGCUACUUUCAGAUCCUGCUUUUCUUUCUGGUUUUCAGAGGUAACUUGCCUAUAACUUAUAAUAUCAAGAAACAAUAGAAGAAGAGAAGGGAGCAGAAACUUGCUAGUGUAGCCUUCAAAUAUUUAAUGGAGCAAAGUUUGGGUCAAGAUUCAAUUCCUUCUUCUCGGUCAUUUGAUAAAUCCAGAGUUUUGGAUGUGAAGCCGUUGAGGACCCUUGUUCCAGUGUUCCCAUCAGCACCUAAUUUUUCUUCAUUUUCCACUCCUCAAGGACCUGCUCCCUUUGUCUGUGCUUCUCCAUCUGGCCCUUUCCCUCCUGGGUUUUCCCCCUUUUACCCGUUUGUGAGUACUUCAGAGAAUCAAAAAUUGCCUGAACAAGAUCCACUACAUAAUCCAAGCAGUGUCCCUGAUCAGAAUGUUCCUUUUGACUUCAAUAAUCCAAUAUCAAAUGCAGUGCCAAUAAAUUCAUUUAGGACACCACCCCCAUCAACAGCUGGGGCAACCCCAAUUCGACAGACAGGGCCUACAAAUGGGGGUACUGGGUCAUCUAGAAGGGUAACUAGAAGUCGAAGUGCAGUUAUAGAGGUCGAUGAGUAUGGUACAAGCCAAAAUCAGAGUUCUUCAUAUUUGAAUGUUAAUGAUGUCGAAGAUACAACUAAGGCAGUGAGGCCAAAGGGUAGGUCCCAGAAGAGGACAAGGGCUAGCGGGGACAUCGUUGUUGUCUCUCCUGAUGUUAACAUAGAUUUGUUAGUUGACAAGAUUCUCACGUCAUUUAAUGAUACAUGCCGGAAAUCUGAUGGUGACCGGGAAACGGUUGUAUAUAUACUCAUGGUCUAUGACUUGUUUCGUAGAAGGCUUUCACAAAUUGAAGAAGCAAAGGAAGCAAAUCCAGGAAUUAUAAGACGCCCUGAUCUAAAAGCAGGUACACUUUUCUUGAGCAAGGGAGUUCGGACAAAUAUCCAGAAGAGGAUCGGAGCUGUACCAGGCGUUGAAGUUGGGGAUAUUUUCUUUUUUCGAAUGGAGUUGUGCUUAGUUGGAAUUCAUUCCCCGAGUAUGGCUGGAAUUGAUUACGUGGGUGGUGCCAAGAACAGUGAAGAAGAGCCUUUAGCAGUGAGCAUUGUUUCAUCUGGAGGGUAUGAAGAUUAUGCAGAGGAUGCAGAUGUGCUGGUUUACAGUGGCCAAGGUGGUAAUGCUGGCAGUGGCAGGAAAGACAAAGAAAUAACAGACCAGAAGCUUGAAAGAGGUAAUCUUGCUCUUGAGAGAAGUUUGCAUCGGGCUAAUAAUGUAAGAGUAAUUCGAGGUAUAAAAGACCUAGCAAAUCCGACCGGGAAGAUAUAUGUCUAUGAUGGUUUGUAUAAGAUCCAUGAAUCAUGGACAGAAAAAGGAAAGGGUGGUAACAAUGUUUUUAAGUAUAAGUUGGUCAGGUUGCCUGGGCAGCCAGAAGCAUUUGCGGUAUGGAAAUCAAUUGAAAAAUGGAGAGGAGAUACUUCAAGGAUUGGUGUUAUAUUGCCGGAUCUUACUUCAGGGGCAGAAAAUGUGCCUGUUUCUUUGGUAAAUGAUGUUGAUAAUGAGAAAGGUCCUGCACACUUCACGUAUAUUUCUAGUCUGAAAUAUUCAAAACCAGUAAAUAUAACUGAACCUUCUGCUGGGUGUAUUUGCAUUGGUGGAUGUUUACCUGGUAAUUCCAACUGCCUUUGCAUUCAGAAAAACAAUGACUGGCUCCCAUACACUGCAAAUGGGUAUCUUGUGAACCAGAAAUCCUUAGUACAUGAAUGCGGCUUUUCUUGUCAAUGCCCUCCAAAUUGCCGAAACCGAGUGUCGCAAAGUGGGCUGAAAAUUCGUUUGGAGGUUUUUAAAACUAAAGAUAGAGGUUGGGGUCUGAGGUCUUGGGACCCCAUUCGUGCUGGUAGUUUUAUAUGUGAAUAUGCAGGGGAAGUUAUUGAUCAUUCUAAGGUAGACGAGCUUCUUGUUGGUGAAAUUGAGGAUGAUUAUAUUUUUGAUGCUACCCGCAGUCGUCAGCCAGUGGGAGUUCUGCCUGGUGACUCUGUUAAGGAUCAGAAGAUCCCAUUUCCCCUCACGAUAAGUGCAAAAUAUUUUGGGAAUGUUGCUCGUUUCAUGAAUCACAGCUGUUCUCCAAAUGUGCUUUGGCAGCCUGUUUUACGUGAAAAUAAAAGUGAAUCUGAUCUUCAUAUUGCUUUCUAUGCCAUCAGACACAUUCCUCCUUUGACAGAGUUGACAUAUGAUUAUGGGAUGGUCCCAUAUGACAAAGGCCACAGGGAUAAAAAGUGUCUAUGUGGUUCGUCAAAGUGCAGAGGUUUCUUUCACUAAUGGUUUGCUUACGGGUAUAUUUGGAUGAAGAUGGACAUCGCUAACUUGUGCUGCUAGAAUAGUUUAAGAGCAAAGAAGAGUUUUGGAAGACUUUGGUGAGACAUGGUCAGCCGAGUCCAUUACCUUGAAUGGUAAGUGGCUUUUGGAAGCAUAUGAAGAAUAUCAAACUUAAGCUGUGACUAAUUUAAUUCUUUGCUUGUUAGUGUACUUCAUGUAUUAUAACAUGUAUGUUUAGGAAAAGAUUGUGAUAUCAGUGUUAGCCUUUCUGUUCUUGUGAAAGGCGGUUCCUUUUGGCUUUUAUGGGAAUUAAACAUUUCCAUGGCUGAAGAACUUCGUCAGGAAUCUUAAUACAAGAUGUCACUCGGAUGUGUCUGGUCCUCUACAGGUGAAUGCCAUAGCUUUCUCAGGUGGUUUUUGUUGUU